AUGUAUUUGGAGAAUAGAAAGGCUAUUUUUGUCUUUUGGAUUUUUCUCCAAGUUCAAGGCACCAAAGUGUGUCAGGAAGUGGUGUGGGAAGCGUAUCGGGUCUUUCUGGAUCGCAUACCCGACACAGCGGAAUACCAAGACUGGGUCAGCGUCUGCCAGCAGGAGACCUUCUGCCUCUUUGACAUUGGGAAUAACUUCAGUAACUCCCAGGAGCACCUGGAUCUUCUACAGCAGAGAAUAAAGCAGAGAAGCUUUCCUGAGAGGAAAGAUGAAAUAUCUACAGAAGAGACACUGGGAGAACCCAGUGAGGCCCCUGUGCUUCCAACAGAUGCUGCCGAUGUCUCAUUCAAGCCCUUCCUUCUCCCUCCUGAUGACACACUCCUCAAUGACACAGCAUUUCUAGAUAAUACCAUAACUCCCCCUUUCUUUUUGACUCAGGAAGGAGAAAGAGAAUUCACUGUGCCUGAGGGCCCUCUGGAGCAGAAGGUGGAACUGAUCAUCUCUCUGGUGAACCAGCUGUUCAAGGCAGAGCUUGCUGACUCCCAGUCCCCAUCUUACCAGGAGCUAGCAGUGAAGUCCCAGCUUCAGAUGCAAAAGGUAUUCAAGAAACUUCCAGGAUUCAAAAAGAUCCAUGUGUUAGGAUUUAGACCAAAGAAAGAGAAAGAUGGUUCAAGCUCCACAGAGAUGCGACUUACAGCCACCUUUAAGAGAGACAGCACCGAACCAAAGAGCCCUGCAAGUGACCUCCUGACUUUCGAUUCCCACAAAAUUGAAAGCGAGGGAGCGCCUCGUGGAACUGUGGAGGACAGGCAACCUGAAAUCUCCCUCUCAGCUGUGGACCUCAAAAAGCUCAUCCGCAAAGUGCUGGAGCAAGAACAAUCCCUGGAUGUGGGAGCGAUUCAGUUCACUGAUGAAAUUGUUGGAUCACUGCCGGUUUCCAGUCCUGACACCCAAUCCGGGCUGCCUACGCCCCUUGCUGAUAUCACAACGGAUGCUACUUUGAGUCCUGAAAUUACUCUGGGUGAACCCACGCUUGAGACAGUGGACAGAGCAGAGCAUGGUCUACCUGGUGACUCUUGGUCUCUGCCUGCUGUGACCUUUACUUCCCUCUCAGAAACUCAGCCUUUAUUAACUGCACCAAGCAUCUUCUCUCUAGCUGACCAAAGUGUCACUGACACAGUGUCCAGGCCAGGGCUCAUCAUCCCCACCCAUGAUUAUUCCAACAUCAGCCAACUGGCCCUGGAAAUUUCACAUCCAUCUGUUUCAGAUGACAGCAGGUCAAAUCUGGGCAGCCAAGAUAAGGUCAGAGACCUAGACAAAACAGAUGUGCCUGACACUCCUGCCUUGUGUGAGGUCCCAGGACUCAGUGGCUAUGUUUCUACCCCAGAUCAGCCCCUGGAGGACACCACCCCUGUCCCAGCUGUGCAGUACAUCACCACUAGCUCUGUGACCGCUGCCCCCAAGGGCCGGGAGCUGGUGGUGUUCUUCAGUCUGCGUGUUGCCAACAUGCACUUCUCCAGUGACCUGUUCAACAAAAGCUCCCUGGAAUACCAAGCUCUGGAGCAGCAGUUCACAGAACUGCUGGUUCCAUAUCUGCAAUCCAAUCUUACGGGAUUUAAGCAACUCGAAAUACUUAACUUUCGAAAUGGGAGCGUGAUCGUGAAUAGCAAAAUGAGGUUUGCCCAGUCGGUGCCGUAUAACCUCACCCAGGCAGUGCACGGGGUCCUGGAGGAUUUCCGUUUUGUGGCAGCCCAGCAACUUGACCUGGAAAUAGACAGCUACUCUCUGGACAUCGAACCAGCUGAUCAAGCAGACCCCUGCAAAUUCCUGGCCUGUGGGGAAUUUGCCCAGUGUGUAAAGAAUGAGUGGACAGCAGAAGCAGAGUGUCGCUGCAAACCAGGGCAUGAGAACCAGGGGCACCAGGACGGCCUGGACCCCAGUCACUGUGCCCCUGGCACAGAGAAAUGUGAGGGCAUCCAGAGAAAGAGAGCUCCAUGCAGGUCAACAGAUCACUCUAAAAACCAACCAUACAAAACGCGUGUGAAAAAGUUCAAAAAUCAACAAAGUAACAAGGUAACCAGGAAAAGAAAUUCCGAAUUACUGACUGUAGGAUAUGAAGAAUUUAACCAUCAAGAUUGGGAAGGAAAUUAA